AAUUUUAAUUUAAACAUUAUUAUUAUUAGUUUAACCGUAAAGGAAUUUUAUUUACUUUAAAGUUUUAAUUUGAAAACUUAAGGCUUAACUCCGUAACUGUCUAAAGGAUGAUUAUUAUAAUUUAUAACAAGUAAUAAAGUAUAACUUACAAGCUACUGACAUUGAGACUCUUAGAGUAGUAGUUUUCGACUUAAGUUUCAAUGUCGCUUGUAAAAGUUGCAUAAUUAUUGACAAAUUGACUGUUCAACUUCAACUUGUUUCAAGUUUAGUCCAGUAGUUGUCGCAACUUUGUUGAAGACGUAGAACCAGAAAAAUGCACGAUGCUUAUGAAAUGUUACCAAUACUUGAAAAGCUUCCAUUACAGAUAGAGGCCCUUGCUGCUUAUGGAGAAUUUCUGUUGGUGGGAACUAAACAGGGACACCUUCUGACAUACAAAGUCACUGCAGUAACAUCCAGUAAUAGUAGUAACAAUAAAUUUGAAGUGAAGCUUUUACGGUCCAACAAGUCAUUUGCCAAAAAGCCCGUUACCCAGAUUGCUGUAGUUCCAGAAUUAAAUAUUUUAAUUAGCUUAUCAGACAAUAUUGUCAGUGUACAUGAUCUAAUGCAGGAGAAUGCUUCACAUAUAUCAACAGUUAGCAGGACGAAAGGAGCAACUCUGUUCUGCUUGGAUGUGAGGAAUCAAAGCACACUAACUGGUGAGGUUCAAACCAUGGUACGCAUUUGUGUUGCUGUGAAAAGAAAGCUACAGCUUUUUUAUUGGAAGAACAGGGAAUUUCAUGAACUCAGAGGUGACCUUUGUGUACCAGACACUCCCAAGGCAAUGGUUUGGUGUCAGGAAUCACUCUGUCUGGGAUUUAAAUCGGAAUAUACACUCAUAAAGAUUUCAGGGGACCAGCAUGAGAUUUUUCCAACUGGUAGAAAUCAGGAACCAUUAAUUGCUCUUCUUCAUGACAAUAAACUGGCUCUGGGUAGGGAUGACCAAACUCUGUUUUUAGACUCUGAAGCAAAGCCAAUCUUGAAAUUUCCACUUCACUGGUCUGAAGUUCCUGUAUGUUUAGCACAUGAUCCACCGUACCUCAUUGGUGUGUUGCCAUCUGUUAUUGAAAUUCGUACAAUUGAAACGCGACAAUUGGUUCAAGAAUUUCCUUUAAAGAAUUCUGCAAAAGCAAAGCUUGUGUCAGUAUCAAAAAGGGGUCAUAUCUACAUUGCAACAUGUUGUGAUGUCUGGACUCUUCUGGUGGUGCCCCCACAAUUACAAAUACCCAUGCUGUUGAAACAAAAGCAGUUUGAACUGGCUCUGAAACUAGCAGGGAUGACAGAUGAUGAAGAGGAAGAAAAACAGCAGUGUGUUCAGUACAUUCAGAAUUUGUAUGCUUUUGAUCUGUUUUGCAAUAGAGAAUUUAAGGAAUCAAUGGAUAUCUUUUUGAAACUUGGAACAGAUCCAUCUCAUGUGAUUGGUUUGUUUCCUGAUCUGUUACCUGAGUACUUUCGAAGCACCUUGGAAUAUCCAAAUGCCUUACCAGAGUUGCGUGGCAAUGAUCUGGAAAAUGGUUUAUUUGCUCUAACAGAAUACCUUCUGCAGGUACGUCAUUUGUUAGUUGGAGACAAGUACUUUCCAAAUAUUGGUAUCAUUCAAGGUAGUAAAACCAUGCUUUCGAAGAGGCAACUUCAUCAGAUCAUUGACACAACACUUUUGAAGUGUUACUUGGAGACCAAUGAUGCGCUAGUUGCCUCUCUUCUUCGAUUGAAUGAUAAUCACUGUCAUGUGGAAGAGUCGGAGAGAGCUUUAAAGAAAAGUCACAAGUACAGUGAACUUAUUAUUUUGUAUGAAAGAAAAGGACUACAUAAGAAAGCUCUUGAACUUCUGAUGAGGCAAGCCAGAAAACCAGAUUCUCCUUUAAAGGGUCAUGAACGGACAAUUCAGUAUCUUCAACACCUAGGAGCUGAGCACUUAGAACUAAUUUUCGAGUUUGCUAGUUGGGUUUUGAAAGAAAGUCCAGAGGACGGUCUAAAAAUUUUUACAGAAGAUUUGCCUGAGACUGAAGGACUACCACGAAAAGAAGUGCUGGAAUAUUUAACAAGGACAAAUCCUUCUGUCAUUAUUCCCUAUUUGGAACAUAUAAUUCAUGCUUGGAAAGAGGAACAAGAAGUUUUCCACAAUAAAUUAAUACAUUAUUAUCAAGAAAAGGUUGGAGUUUUACUUGAAGACUACCUUCGAUCUUUACCAGAAGGACAGUUGCCAGUUUUGGCAGGAAGUGAACCAGGUGAACUUGGAGAAUUUCGAACAAAGUUGUUAAAGUUUCUUGAAACAUCAUCAAGAUACACAGUUGAAUCAUUUCCUUCAAUUUUGCUGAAUUAUGGGCUGUAUGAUGAAGCAGGUGUGGUAAUGGAAAAGCUUGGUCGUCAUGAAGAGGCUUUAGCUAUUUACUUCCAUAUUUUGCAGAAUUCUGCCAAAGCUGAGGAGUAUUGCUUGAGGAAUUACAGCACUGACAAACCAGGAAAUCAAGAUGUUUUCUUGCUUUUGCUGAAGAUGUACCUGGGUGUAGCUAAGGGUGGAAUAUCCACAAUCUUAUCAGGGUCUCAUUUUUCAUCUCACACUCCACAGAAACCUGAUAUCAAGGCAGCCUUAAAUAUUCUGAAUAACCAUGCCACAAAGAUAGACCCUCUGAAGGCACUAACAGUGUUACCAUCUAGCAUCUACUUGUCACAACUACAAAAGUUCUUUGAGCGUAUCCUCGAUGAACAGUUGGCUAAAUGCCAUAGUGCUGAACUAAUGAAAAGUUUGCUGUUGGCUGAGCAUCUUCAGGUACAAGAACAACGCAUACAGUGUCAUUCUCACAAAAUAGUUAUUGGAGAGUUUGACAUAUGCAGGGUAUGUCAAAAGAGGAUUGGGAAAAGUGCCUUUGCAAGGUUCCCAGAUGGCGUCAUUGUCCACUAUUCCUGUAAGGUCAAGUAUGAAAAUAUAGGUUGAGGUCAUCAGUAAUAACGGAGGUGAUUCGGAAUUUACCAUGAUUUCAGUUUCACUUUUUCAGAAUAUGUAUAUAUUUGCAUAUGUCUUUGUAAAAUAUAUUACAAUUAUGAAUAGUUUUAUAUGAUGCAUAUGUAAUAAUUAACUAAAUGAUUAACACACAAAUAUAUGUAAAAUGAUGUCGUGAUAAUAUGUAGCAGAAAAUAAAAAGUACUUUCAGUCAAAACAAUUUGUGAAUUUAUCUUAGUAUACUCACCUCUGUUUUUUGUCAUUGUAAAGAAAAAAAAA